CCCAUCUGGUGUGCAAAGCUCCACUCGGGGACGCGGAGAGCUGCGAGACUGAGGAAGAUUGACUUCUAAACACUAAUGUUGCACAAGGAAGAACCUGGGAGGAGGAGAAGAAAGAGGAAAUAAAAAAAGCCAGGGAUGGCUGUCACUCAGGGACAGUUGUCAUUCAGUGAUGUGGCCAUAGAGUUCUCGCAAGAGGAAUGGGAAUGCCUAGACCAUGCACAGAGGGCUUUGCACAGGGAUGUCAUGUUGGAGAAUUACAGCAACCUGGUCUCCCUGGGAGUCACACUUCCAAAUCUGAAUGCUAUGUCUAAGUUGGAACAAAACAAAGGGCCCUGGACUGUGGAGAGUGAGGCAAUAAGAAUCAGAAAAUCAAAUGGACAGGAAUAUGUCAGAGCUAUGAGUGCAGUUAACUCUCCUGAAAAUAUAAUUAAAGAUUUCCUACCAAAAGGGAGUGGAGAUUCAGGUGAAAUAGUCCAGACAAAGGUGGCAGAAAGAUAUAAAAGCAAUGGCAUUGAAGAUUUUUCCUUCAGAGAAAUCCAGCAGAACAUUCAGAAUUUUGAGUUUCAGUGGACAGAGCAUGAAAGGAAUUAUAACCCCACUUGUAGAAGAGAUCAAGAUAGUGGAAAGGAGGCAGGAAUAAACCUUAGGAAAAAUCAGCUUCUGUUAAGCUUCACUUCACAUCUAUCUGAACUGCGCCCAUUUCCAUCUGCAGAAAAUAUUGGUGGUAAUGAAGCUAAGUCCAACAGCAGUGGUUCUUCAAUUUUGUCAUCUGACAAAAUUCUUGCUAGUGGUGACAAAGCACCUGUUGUUCAUGAAUAUGAUGUUUAUUCUGCACUACGUAUAAAAGGACAGAAAGCAACCAUUAAGGAAAAACCUUAUCAAUGUAAAGAGUGUGACAAGGUCUUCAGUUAUACUUCUUCUUUAGCAUAUCAUCGGCAGAUUCAUUCUGGAGAGAAACUUUACAAAUGUCUUGAGUGUGGUAAGGCUUUUUUUCGACGUUCUUAUCUUUUGGUACAUGAGAGGCAUCAUACUGGAGCAAAACCUUACAAAUGUAAUGAAUGUGGCAAGGUGUUCAGUCAGAAUUCACACCUUAAAAGUCAUAGAAGAAUUCAUACUGGUGAGAAGCCAUUCAAAUGUAAUCAUUGUGGCAAAGCCUUUAGUGUUCGUUCAAACCUAACUCACCAUCAGGUAAUCCAUACUGGAGAUAAACCUUAUAAAUGUAAUGAGUGUGGCAAGGUCUUCAGUCAAACCUCGAGCCUCACAAUUCAUCGAAGAACUCACACUGGAGAGAAACCUUACAGGUGCAAUGAGUGUGGGAAAGUAUUCAGUUCACAUUCAAACCUAAAUACCCAUCAGGCAAUCCAUACUGGAGAAAAACCCUACAAAUGUUCAGAGUGUGGCAAGGUCUUUACUCAGAAUUCACACCUUGCAAAUCAUUGGAGAAUACAUACUGGAGAGAAACCUUACAAGUGUAAUGAGUGUGGAAAAGCCUUUAGUGUGUAUUCCAGCCUCACUACCCAUCAGGCAAUCCAUACAGGAGAAAAACCUUACAAGUGUGAUGAAUGUGGAAAGGUCUUCACUCAAAAUUCACAUCUCGCAAGUCAUCGUGGAGUUCACAGUGGGGAGAAGCCUUACAAGUGUGAAGAAUGUGGCAAACUCUUCAGUCAAACUUCAAAUCUUGCAAGACAUUGGAGAGUUCAUACUGGAGAGAAGCCUUACAAAUGCAAUGAAUGUGGCAAAGCUUUUAGUGUGCGUUCUAGCCUGACUUCCCAUCAAGUAAUACACACUGGAGAAAAGCCUUACAAAUGUACUGAAUGUGGCAAGGUCUUCAGUCAGACUUCAAGCCUUUCAAUCCAUCAGAGAAUUCACACUGGAGAGAAACCUUACAGAUGCAAUGAGUGUGGGAAAGCCUUUAAUUCACAUUCCAACCUAAAUACCCAUCAAGUAAUCCAUACUGGACAAAAACCCUAUAAAUGUAUGGAAUGUGGCAAGGUCUUUACUCAAAAUUCACAUCUUGCAAAUCAUCAGAGAACCCAUACAGGAGAGAAACCUUACAGAUGCAAUGAGUGUGGGAAAGCCUUUAAUUCACAUUCCAACCUAAAUACCCAUCAAGUAAUCCAUACUGGACAAAAACCCUAUAAAUGUAUGGAAUGUGGCAAGGUCUUUACUCAAAAUUCACAUCUUGCAAAUCAUCAGAGAACCCAUACAGGAGAGAAACCUUACAAAUGUAAUGAGUGUGGCAAAGCCUUCAGUGUGUACUCAAGUCUGACUACUCAUCAGGCAAUCCAUACUGGAGAAAAACCUUAUAAGUGUAAUGAAUGUGGUAAGGUCUUCACUCAAAAUUCACACCUAGCUAGUCACCGGAGGACUCAUACUGGAGAAAAACCUUACCAGUGUAAUAAGUGUGAUAAAGCUUUUAGUGUGCGUUCAAGCUUGACUACACAUCAGGCAAUCCAUAGUGGAGAAAAACCUUACACAUGUAGUGAGUGUGGCAAAGUCUUUAGUCGAAGUUCCAACCUUACAAGUCAUCAGAGACUUCACGUUGGACAGAAGCAUAUGUGAAUAUAGCAAGGUCUUCGGGCAUAAUUCACUUCUUGCAUAAUAUCCAGGAAUACAAACCUAAGAAAAUGUUAGUAUUGUGUUGGUGAUAAACACCCAUCAUGAGUUCAAAUAUGUCACUAGAUGUAGUGGUAUGCAUGGACAACCACACCCUUUUCAGGGUAUUGUGGGAGCACUGUCUGCUUAGGAUAUGUAGGAAGAACUUGACCUAAAAUAAAAAAUAUAUCAAGCUUUUGUAGACAUAUAACAUAUUAAGAAGACAUUUCAUACAUGUAGAGAAGAUGCUUCAGGACAUGAUUUCCACCUCUGUAAACACAAAAAUGCACAUUGUUGAUGAAAUAAUCCAAUUGGCACUUAUUGGGAAUGAUACUUAAUGACUAUUUACAGUGGAAGGUGAAUGGAAGGAGUUACUCAACCUCUUGUUUUUCAUGGCUAAUCUUCAUUGUUAUAUUCCACAGAAUAAUUGAUAAUUACUGAACAAUUAAAAGUCAAAAUAGCUAAAACAUGAUAUAUUUUAAAGGUUGAAGAUGGUUGAUACUUGCCUUUAAUAUUUGUGUACUCAUUUAUUUAUGGUUCCUUGCAAAAUCUGCUUUGCCAUUUGUGAUUGUUAUCUGAAACUUUCUGAUGAUACAGUACCUGCCUCAGGGUCCCUUUAUUGCAACCUUUGAGAAAAAUAGGGUUAAAAAGUCACAUUAAAAGGAAAGGGUCAUGUCUGUCUGGUUUUUGAGAAGAAUGGCUCCAUUGCACCUUUUGAAUUCAGUAUUGGCUAAGUUAUCUUCCUAAUGUGUGUUUAGAUUCUGUAUUAAAUGCCAUGACUAAAGCUAACUUGGUGAUAAAAUGGUUUAUUUCCUUUUAUAGGUUAUAAUUGAUCAAGAGAAGCCAGGAUAAAGGCUAGACUAGGAACCUGGAAGCAGGGACUAAGGAAGACAAUGGAGGAUCGCUUUUCUCAGCUUAGCUUCCUUCAUACAACCUAGGACCAUGUACCAAGGGGUGGCACUGCCCAAAGGACAGUCUAUGUCCUCUUAUAUCAGUAAUUAAUAAAGAAAGCACUUGACAGAAAUGGCCAGAAUCCAACAGAAUGUGAAGAGUCCCUCUUCUCAGGUAACUCUAGUUUGUUCUAACCAGAUCAUUCAUCAUCUGAAAGCAACAGGAUAUUGUAAAAUUACAGCAUAAAUUUAUCAUUUAUUGUAUAUGAUGGGAGCAUUCUGUGGGGUAAAAGCAAUUAAGUUGGAAAGAAAUGAUCUGCCAUCUAAUCAUUGGAUAUAGAAGCUGCCACAAAAUUAGGAUACUGCAUUUUUGUGAAAUAAGAACAGGAGGCUAUUAGGGAUGUGUUGUUUGUCAAAUAAACUGCAGAAGACAUAGUGAACUUCUAUAUUGAGUGACAACAGGUUUCAUAUUUAGGAAAUAAUAAUUUUUCUUACUUUUAAAAUUAAAGUGAGAAACAUUAUUAGAAUGGAAAAUUUAACCCAAAGAAAGUGUAGGGGCUCUGUAGGUAGCUAGAAAAGAAACACUCGUGUCAUGCAUGUGAGGCCCAAGUUCAAUGCUCAGCAGCACCAAAAGUAAAAAAAAUACACAAAAGUUUUCUUAAGAGUGACAUCAUCUACCUAUUGUUGUUAAGUUUGUCCACUGUCUUAUUCAAAAUAUAUCAUUAAUUGAACUUGUAACUAAUGAAAGUAAAGAUUUUA